AUUCACAGGAAGGGAUCCUUGAAAAAAGGAGAUGGAAGACUAGAAUGCAGAGAUCCUCAGCACCCUCUCAAUCCAUGUAUGAAAAUGGGCAACUCUGGAAAAGGAAAUUCUCAACCAUUUGUCAUGAGAAUGGCCGGAAUAUUGGAUGACAGGAGAGGACGAAAGAAAGCCAGGGGACGGCCGGGAAUUGAACCCGGGCCUCCUGAUUACCGGUCAGUGCAAGAAAGAGCUGAUGGUGAAUCCCUGGAGUUUUGCAGAGACCUCACCCCUAUCCUGGACUUCAUUUCAGGACUUCCUCAUCUUUCUCCUCCUGCAUACAUGCUGCCCAAUGUCCUGGUGCUUCCUAACCUUGGCACCCAUGCUGGACUCCUUGGCAAUGGUCCUUUGUGGAUUCCAACAAAUCUUGUCUCUGAUGGACCUGAUGGUCUCAGGGGUGCAUUUGGACCUCAGACGACAUCUCGAUCCCACGACAUUGAUCGACAGCUGCUUCAGUUUUAUCUCAUCCCCUGA